AUGGAUAAAAACGAAGAUUUUACCGCGCUACCAAAACCGAAGUCUGAUUUAAACCCUGAUAGAAAGAAUUUUAUUAACACCAAAGCUGCAACCUCGUCAAAUAUGAAUAGUAACGAUUCUCCUGUGGACCCAAGCCCUCCAUUUCGGAAUGAAGGCAAAAAAAGAAAAAAUAUAUUUAUUCCAAACUCCUUUGAUAGUAACAUUAUUUCGGUGAUGAAUGACCGUUCAACUAGCAACCUUGAGGAACCUACUGUUCAGAAUAAGGGAAAAAGUAAAAUCAUUACCAAAGAGCAAGACCAUAACGCUCAUGUUUCAAAUAAACGCGUCACCAACAAGGAAUCUAUUAAAGAACGUUACCUUAUUAAAACGGAAACUGUUCCGAUUCAAACUGAGUCAAAAUUUAAAAAUGAACUAGAAGGAGAACAACGAUGUGCUAAAAAAGUGAAAUUAGCAAAUGGUUUUGGAGAGGAAGAACAACUUACUAAUACAACAAUUGUUUCGAUUCAGCCUAAGUCAAAAGGACUUAGGAUGCGUGAACAUGAUCAGCCUCGACAAGUUGUUAAAAAGGCGAAAAUAGCAAAUGAUCCUGGAGGUUCAGGAAACCAUCACG